ACCGCGGCCCCAUGGCUUCGAGCGAGUCCUUCAACCCGUGCGUCGCAGGCAGCGAAGCCGCCACUGAGUCCACCCCGCCGCUGCGUCUGGCGGUGGUGUGCUGCAGCAACCAAAACCGGAGCAUGGAGGUGCACCGCGUCCUCAGCAAACGCGGAUUCAGUGUGCGGUCCUUCGGAACGGGAACCAUCGUGAAGCUGCCCGGCCCUGUGCCCGACAAGCCCAACGUUUACGAUUUCCGCACCACCUACGAUCAGAUGUACCACGAUCUGCUCAGGAAGGACAGGCACCUGUAUACGCAGAACGGCGUUUUACACAUGUUGGAACGAAACAAGAGGAUCAAGCCCCGGCCGGAGAGGUUCCAGAGCUGCCGAGACGAGUUCGACCUGAUCAUCACGUGCGAAGAGAGAGUGUACGACCAGGUGGUGGAAGACAUGCAUUCCAGAGAGCAGGUGACCUGCCAGCCGGUGCACGUGAUCAACGUGGACAUCGAGGACAACCCGGAAGAGGCCACUGUGGGCGCGUUCCUCAUCUGCAAGCUGUGCCAGUGCCUUCAGCGCACCGCGGAUAUGGAGAACGACAUAGACGGCGUGCUGCUGGAGUUCGAGGCCAAGAGCGGCAAAACCUUCCUGCACACCGUGUGCUUCUACUGA